AUGAAGAAGGCAUCACACAUCUACAGCUUGGGCAACUCGCUGGGUAACGCUAGUGCAGUACAGGGUUACGCUUCGUUUCCGGAGCGCCUACAUCAUGAAUUGACAUCUCGUCAACUUCCGUUGUUUUUUGAUUAUCUCCAGCCUCAGCAGUCACACCUCCUCAAUCUAACCUUGACAGAUCUUUUUCCCAAAUCAGAUCUAUUAUCUCCGAGAACAACUCUCCCAACAAUCGCGCGACCGUCACAUUUACCGCCGGCCCACCAUCUUGUCUACUUCCCCCCUCAAGUCACCCUCUCCCAGCUCCUAGCCGACGGAACCGACACCCUACAUACACCUGGGGCGCCUUUUAAUAGGCGUUUAUGGGCGGGCGGCGGUAUCAAGUUUGCAGUUACGAAUAAGCUGCGGCUUGACGGCGGCCGCGCCGUAUGCAUUGAACGAAUUCGUGAUGUCAUGAUCAAAGGGCAAACUGGAGAAGAAAAAAUAAUAGUCAGGAUCGAGAGACAGAUAGGCACCGUGCAGGAAGAAGAAACAGAACAUGAGAUUAGAAAGCGGGUAUGGAGUGAUGGCGAAAACAUGGAAGCGCAUACAUCGAUCCUCGAGAACAGGGACCUGGUGUUUAUGCGCGACAAAACUGCCGAUCAGCUGGUCCAGGACAAGGCGAGCUUUUCGCAAACCCGCAGGAUGAUUAAAUCUCCUACGAACCCGGUGUUCCGUUAUCAGAUGCAGCCCACAAGAGCCCUACUCUUUCGCUUCUCCGCGCUCACUUUCAAUGCUCAUUCCAUUCAUCUUGACAAUGGAUACACCAGCAACAUCGAAGGCUACCGCAACCUCCUUGUUCAUGGGCCCCUAACGUUGACAUUGCUUGUUACAGCCCUUCGACAUCAUCUACAUGGCGGAAGUCUUGAUAUUAUCGACAUCAAGUACAAGAACCUUGCUCCACUUUUUGUUGAGGAGCAGUUAGUCAUCUGUGGUAAACCAAAACCUACCAAAGAUUCAGUAUGGGAUUUGUGGAUCGAGGGAAAAGACGGGGGUGUGGCUGUCCGGGGCACUGCUCACCUUGGGAGCGCUUCCGACAACUGA